AUGUGCGAUAGUGGCAUCCCGUUCCCAGGCGGCUACUGCGUCAAGUACCUCGGUGGCGGUGCAGGCCUACGCGGUGUGUCCGCGAGUGGCGCUCGUGGUAACCUGUCGGGUGAGUCGAUAAGCAUCCUUGCGCCGCGACCGAGAUUCGACGCGAAGCGACUGUUGCUCGCGAGUGGCGUCAUAGGCGCCUCUCCUCCAUCUUCUGCGGUGAGUCUCCUCUCGAGCUUUGUCUGUGACUUUUCAAGCUACUCCAGGCUUCCUAUGAUGCCGCGCAUGGGUGCCAGGAGCUCGGACGCGUUGUCGUUCUUGGCGGCAAGGCGUGCUCGUCAAGAACUCACGAUCAAAGUGGCAGGUGCCAAUGCAAACGUGACCGCCAUGUGCUUCCCACUGACGUCUUCCUUUCAAACACCUCUCCUCGUCGGUACCGCCGCUCCCCUUGGCGCUGGCAGCGCCUUCGUCAGAAUGUCCACCGGUUUUGAAUACACGGCUGUUAAGCCGAUAGGCUGUCUGACGCAGUAG